UUUAGAUUCCUGCUCUGAGUUUACGAGGAGAAAAAUACCCGCUUCCCUCGGUGAGGACGGACUUUACCGGGACCAGGACCGUCGGGUCCACCAGAGGAUGCAUCCAGACCCGCAUCGAGUCUUAACUCUCGGUAGAAGCUACUGGAACAUCCGCGGGAGACAUUUUGGAUCUGACCUGCGGCUCAACGGGCACGGACAGCCGCACUGGCCGCCGGGACAGGAAUGGCUCGGCCGAGGAAGAAAAGCUCUCUGAGUUAUUAGUGAGGCGCGAGGGGGGGCAGGAACUCGUUUAUUAUUAUCAUAACGAGAGAAGAAGAGGAGCCGCACGAGGACACGCGGGGAGACACAUUUAAAGACAAGUAGAAGAAGAAGAAGAAGAAGAAGAAGAAGAAGAAGAAGAAGAAGACGGAGAAGAUGAAGAUGGGAGGCAGACUGGAGCUGCUGGAGAUCUGCUGUCUGCUGCUGCUGACCGGAAACUCACUCUGCAGAGACUUCCAGCAAACAGAACACCUCUCCUCCUAUCAGCUGACUGUCCCUCGGCCAAUAGGAGGCCGGUUGAGGCGGGACGCGGACGGCAGGCCCCCCAAUCGGGUCUCUUAUGUCAUCAGCGUGGAUGGGAAUGAUCACGUUGUUCACUUGAAGAGAAAUGAACUGCUGCUUCCUGCAGACUUCACUGUGUUCACCUACAGUCAGAACGGAUCACUCGAGACAUCCAGACCACCUGUACAGGACCACUGUCACUAUCAGGGCUACGUUCAGGACCUGGAGGGUUCUGCUGCUGCUAUGAGCAUCUGCAACGGCCUCAGAGGAGUGUUGCAUCUUGCUGACGACAGCUACGGCAUCGAGCCCUCAGACUCCGCCCCCGACCAGCAUCUGGUGUACCGCCUUCAAGACGUGACAUCACAGCCUCGGGGGUGUGGCACGCCGCACAGGGACGGUCACAACGCCACUGAGCACGCUCAGUACAGACCAGAGGAAAUCCACCAUAGAGGACACAGCAGGAUCAAGCGAGCUCUUUUCCAUCAGACUCGCUACGUGGAGCUGCUGCUGGUGGUCGACAAUGACCGGUUUAAAUAUAUGAACCAAAACGAGACGACUGUGAGGGACGAGAUGGUUCACCUGGCCAACUUCAUAGACAGUAUCUACCAGCAGCUGAACUUGCGCGUGGUCCUGGUGGGCCUGGAGAUCUGGACCCAGCAGAACCUCAUCAGCACCGACGGAGGAGCAGGAGAAGUUCUGAGUCGCUUCACCCAGUGGAGAGAGAAACACCUAGUGGCCAGACGGCGCCAUGACUCAGCACAACUCAUCAUGAAGAAGACUUUUGGGGGAACAGCAGGAAUGGCCUUCGUCUCCACCAUCUGCUCCAGGAGCCACGGGGGCGGGAUCAACGCUUUCACCAAUAACAACGUGCCCUUGUUUGCCUCCAUCGUGGCUCAUGAACUUGGUCAUAAUCUUGGGAUGAACCACGAUGACGGUCGUUCAUGUUCCUGUGAGAACGCCUGCAUCAUGAACUCUGGAGCCACAGGGUCCAGGAACUUCAGCCGCUGCAGUGCUGAUGACUUUGAGAAGAUGGUGCUGCUGACGGGCGGCUCAUGUCUGCUGAACGUGCCCCGCCCCGACGAGGCCUACAGCACCCCCUACUGUGGGAACCGGCUGGUGGACAUGGGGGAGGACUGUGACUGUGGCACGCAGAAGGAGUGUGAGCAGGACCCCUGCUGUGAGUACCACACCUGUAGACUGAAGUCAGGAGCUCAGUGUGCUUAUGGAGAAUGCUGCUACAAGUGUCAGUACCUCCCAGGUGGCUCUGUGUGUCGCUCCAGCUCUGAUGAAUGUGAUCUUCCUGAGUUCUGCAACGGAUCCUCGUCUCUGUGUCAGAGCGACGUCUUUAUCCAGAACGGUCAUCCCUGCCGGAGCCUUCAGGCCAUCUGUUAUCACGGGAAAUGUCAACACUAUGAUGGACAGUGUCAGGCCAUCUUUGGAUCCAAGGCGAAAGUAGCUCCGGAGAUCUGUUUCAAAGAGGUGAACAAUAAAGGAGAUCGCUUUGGAAACUGUGGCUACCACAACUACGGCCACAAGAAGUGUGAGAGCAGAAACGCGAUGUGUGGGAAGCUGCAGUGCUCCAACGUCCAGACGGCGGUCACCGUGUUCGGCAUCGAACCGUGGACCAUCAGCAAGUCGAUAGGAGGAGCCAAAUGUAUCGGAGUGGACUUCAUGCUCGGCUCGGACGUCCCCGACCCGGGCAUGGUGGCAGAGGGGAGCAGGUGUGGGGAGGGCAAGGUCUGCAUGAACUCUGAGUGCAGCAGCGCCGACGUCCUGAACUACGACUGUGAUGUCGAGAAGAAGUGUCACGGACACGGGGUGUGUAACAGCAACAGGAACUGUCACUGUGAAAACGGCUGGGCUUCACCUUUCUGUGAGGUCAAAGGUUACGGAGGCAGCGUGGACAGCGGACCCACUUGGAACGAUAAAGACACGUCCGUCAGAGACGGGCUGCUCGUUUUCUUCUUCCUCGUCCUUCCUCUUCUCGCUCUGGGUGCGUUUGUUUUCCUGCGCAGGAACGAGCUGCUGCGUCGAGUCGGGCUGAGCCGCAGGAAAAGAUCUCAGGGAUACCAGGCUGAUGGCGCGGCUUUAGCCAAUCCCAGCAGAGCACCGCCCAUAGCGCAGCCUCCACUUGUCACCCGCGGCAAUGCCAACAACAUCGUCAGAGAUGGGCACACCACUCAGCUGCUGCCACCACAGAGGGUGGUUGAGACCAGCAGGACGGCUCCUCCCUCGUACGCGCUGAGGCCGCCUCCCCCUCCACUAAAACCGAAACUUUCUGCUGCAUCUCAGCCUCUGGUGCCUCAAAGACCCGCCCCCGCUCCACCUGUUUAACCAAUCAGGGGGCCCCGCCCACCACACCUGGACAACACCCUUCCUCCUCCUCUCCUCCUCCUCAUCUUCUUCAACCUCAGUCCCAACCUCAGUCCCAACCUCAGUCUGAGCACGAGCAGCUGCUGUUAGACAGACUCUCUUCCUCUGUAUGGAGUUCAGCCUGGGGACAACACUCAGCCAAUCGGCUGUCGGCUCUGUCACCAAACCAGCCAAUCACACGUCCAGAACCGACACGUGUCAAGCAGGUCGUUCCACGACAUCAUCUAAUAAUGAGAUUAACUUUAUUCAGCACUGAUUGUAUUCACUAAACGUGUGUUUGAUUAUUGUAAAGAAUCCCAUCAGCUGUUUGAGGAGGGACCCGGGGCGAUGCUAACGUGCUAACUUCCUGUUGGCCCUCAUGGACACGUCGUCUCCGCAGCUUCAUUGCGAUGUUAUUACUCUGCACUAUUUCAUAUGAGUGUGAACAUGUAACCACUAUACUCAGUAUUGUAUUCCUUAGUGUUAAUUAGACACCGAGAGGUGCUUCACUCUGAUUGGCUGGUUUGAAGACACAGAGGCCACUAGGGGCGGAGCCUACACUUGAACCCUUCUCUCUGUUUUAAGCGCUGUCAUCAGAAUGUAACCCCCCCCCCCCCCACUUCCUAUCCUGUCUCAAUGGUACGUUGAUGUGUGAGACUUUCUGCAGGGAAGAGACCCUGAGAUCCUGAACCAUGAAACCCUGAACCCUAAAACCCUGAAACCUUGAGCCCUGAAACCCUCAACCCUAAAACCCUGAACCUUAAAACUCUGAACCCCUGAACACAAGGUCCCAAGGUUACAGGAUCUCAAGGUAUAUUGGGUCACAGGUGAAAAUAGUCCCCAACAAAGUCACUAUUUCCACUCAUCUAAGAAUAUAAAGUUGCAUAUUACCAGUUUUAUAAAGGUUUAAUUACUCUAUUGUCAUUUUGACAUCGUAAUAGGAAUCAAGGAUCAAACUGAUUUAGUUGAAAUGAUAAUUGAGUUCAUAGGAAGUUCCUGUCAGGACUGCAGUGAUUUAUUUUUAUCAAUGAAUGUUCCGUUUCAAAGAAAAUGUAUUUAUGAAUGAACUGUUUUGUCCAUAAAAUGAAAGGUCACCAUCAAAUGUCUAUAACAUAAAAACAAAUCAAUAUUAUUUCAAACACACAUGAUGUCAUGAUUGAUUCAUCAACUCUUAGAUCAGAUGUAGUUUCAGAGCUCAGACAGGAAGUCAGAUGUUGGUUUGAGAUAUAUAUUAAAUGUACUAUAUAUAAAUAUAUAUGUGUGUAUAUAUAUAUAAGAGCACAGCUGAGCAGGGUGACCGGCCUAGAGGUCAGAGGUCGUGUGGCUGCAGCCUGAGAGGCCGGACUCAGGGCGUCAGAUCCCUAUUGCUAAAGUCUGAUUGGUCGACAGGUCCUGAGACUCAUCACGCGUUUCUGCUCUGACAAAUUAUUUUAUGAUUUAUUUUUGUUAUUUGAUCUGUGGUAUCAUUUGUGUAAUGUUUCCGUGUCACGUGAUUGUGUUGCUAGCGUUGAAGUUGACCUCUGACAUGGGAUCUGACCUCAGGAUCCUAGCGAGCUGCUUCAUGUGAGGCUUUAAUAAACAUAAGCAUUUUAAUAAAAGGUUGUGAAAUGUC